AUGAUUUUUGAAAAACAUGAGGAUCACUGUUUCAGGAGCUGCAGUGGUCAUUCAUAUGUAAGAAAGAAUUGGCUUGGAUCCAUUGUCUUCCCUUUCUCUGCUCUUCUGCAACAAUCUGAGUUUUCAGAUCAAGUAGAUGUUUUGGAGAGAGCACACAUUUUUGCAAAAAAUUGUAAGGCAGUAUUUCCCAACCGAAGAAUCACAACAACUGUUUUUAAUCAUGAUGGGAUACAAAUCUUAGUAACAAGAUAUAUCAAGGCAUUAAAUCCACCUCAACAACUCCUGGAUAUAUUUCUUCGUGAUUCCAGUGCAACACUUGACCUCAUUGCUCAUUUUGUAUCUUUGAUUCCUCUUAUGCCUGACCUGGAUGAAAAUGAUGGUUUUGAUAUAUGGAUGACAUCAGAGCGCUGCAUCAGUUUGGCUAUUGGGAAUAAGGAGGAGCAUGCCAUACUUCUCUGUAAUUUCUUUUUGUACUUCGGAAAGAAAGCUUUGGUCCUCCUAGGAACCUCAAUUUUAGAAGGGCGUGUAGCUUAUGUAUUAACUCAUGAAACUGAUGAAUAUUUGCUUUGGAAUCCAUUAACUGGUCAAUGUCAUAGGCAGUUUGACCCAUUUUGUCCUUUACAAAGUGUAGACUGUUUGUUUGAUGAUGGAAAUGUCUGGUUUAAUAUUCAACAAAAUAGUACACCAAUGGCUGUAUAUUUUGACUAUUCAAAGGAAAGUUUCUGGAAACAGCUGCUGCCAAAAAAUUUGCAAGGGACACAAAUACAAAGCAUACAGCCUGAAGAAAUCAUUUAUUCUGAUACUAACAAAACCAUGGUAGAUGAUCUGAAGAACAGGAUUGAAAGGACUCUAAAAUGUAAAAUUAUGGAAUGGCGACCUAAGCAGCCAACACGUUGGAAUCGACAAUGUACUUCUAUUUUGCGACACAUUCUUCCUAAGCUAGAACUUGGCACUGAAAGAUUUGUCUCCUCUGAAGAAGAGAGUGAAUUUGAAAGACUAUUACAAUUUUAUUGGAUUGCAGGAUUUCCUAUCCAGAUGCCAUACACUAAUGUACAGACAGUGAUUGAUGCCAUGUAUCAAACUGGAAUCCACUCCUCGGAAUUUCCCCAGACAGAAUUUGCUCUCGCCGUAUACAUUCACCCAUACCCAAACAACAUAUUAUCUGUGUGGGUCUAUUUGGCUUCUUUAACUCGGCGACAGUGAAAAGGAAGAAGGGAAAGGGAAAAGUUGUACCCUGGGCUCUCAGACCAGAAGCAGCCAGAACUUUUCUGGUACUUUGGGAUUUUGCUACCUCUCUUCCAGUCCAGCCAAGUGUGAACCCACUUUUUGGUUCACUUAAAGAGCUGGGCACCAUGGAAACUCACUCCCUGAGUCCUUGAGGAUGAGUCUAGAUGACCUCUUCACCAGACACCUCUUCAAGGAAGACCCUGUCGGAAGUCUGGUGGCCUUGGAUUUUAUCCUAGGGAAGAAGCAAUUCUGGCCCCUUUCUGUAAAGUCCGUGUUUCUCAAAUUGUGAGCCUCAUAUUACCUCCAUCAAAAUCAUCUGGAGAGCCCUGUUGAAAAUGCAAAUUCCCAAACCCCGCUCAAGGCCUACUGAGUCAGAACUUCUGGGAGUGGAGCUCCAGAAUCUACAGUAUUUUAAACAACCUCCCCAGGUAAUUCUGAUGACCUGUUAAGGGUGGUCUGCCUUACAGAAUGUUAUAAUAAUGAAAGUGAGGCUGGUGUGUUUGAUGCUGGAUCUGAUGCAAUUCCAAGUAGAAGUUAUUCAAAUAGAAACCCCAAGGUCAUUGUCUCAAAGAAUGAUUUCACUGGUGAAGAAAAAUAGGAAAACCUGCUAUGUUGGGUUGAGGGCUGACGUCAGCUUCUGGGGGCUUCUCAACUUAGGAUGCUACUGAUGUGAAGUCUUUUCAUCUCCAUAUAUGUGUAAGGGAUUCCCAGGAAACUAAUGUGCUUUCCUGAUUCUAUGAAAAAAGGGAGAAAGUGGUUGUACCAAAUCUCAGGGCUCCCUUUUCCUUAGUGAACAGCUCCCCAUUAUGCAUCUGACACAUUUCCUGCCGCUUUCUUUUCCCAGGGGUGGCCCCAAGGAGCCCAUGGAGAUUCUAGGAGCCCCUGGAGAAAGAGUGGUCAGGGAUCUAAGUAGGAAGCACUGUACUUUCCGGUAGUUUUUUAUUGUUUUGUGUUUAAUUGAGAAAGGGUAUUUAUACAGAUUACUUAAAUGUUCUCUAACAACUUGUUUAAAAAUAUCAAAGGAUACAGAUUUUCAAAGUUUGAGGAGAGUAGUUUUACAUGAGGGUAGGGUAAGAGAAAAUUCACCUCUUGAAUUGCAGGAGCACUGGAGCUUCUUGGGACACUCCCACGAGCAGAGAGCAGGGACCCCCAAACUCAUCCUCAGGGAUCCUUCAAUUUAUAUCCUCUUCAUAAUACACCUGCAUAGGCUGGUGCUAGAAAAGAC